AUGGUAAAUCAGAGUUGCAUUGUGGUUGAACCAGAGAUUCAAGGGCUUUCACUUCACUGUCCAGGACUUCCUGACCAAUUUAAGGCAAAUCAGCAAGCAUGGCAGUCUAGAAAAGCAAAUGGAGUGUGGUGUGAUAACAGAGCUUUGAAAGUGAAAGUUACAGAGUUUGCUCGAAGUGCAGAGGCACAGAAAAGGCAUUUACAGAUACCAACUCAUAGAAAGGAAAUAAGAGGUGCUGGACUGGUUUCUUGGAAGAUAAAAGAAAAUGACUCUUAUGCCCAGAAUAGAAUCACUGAAAAGUACUGUUUCAUUACCGACGGGUCAGUACCGUCGCUAAAGGGUGACUCUCACUCCAUUGAAUUAGUAGAAAUCCACCUUCCAUCCUUGCCUGAGCUUCCUCCUCACUACCACACCACAAAUGGCCUCCCAACCCAUCUCAAUUCCACCCUCCUAACCGCCUUGGAUAUGGCAAUCCCAAAUGCCUCCAACAUCUUCAAAACACUAAGCCCAGAUUUAGUUAUUUAUGACAUCAACCAGGCAUGGGUACCAACCAUUGCAUCCCCGUUUAAUAUUCCGAUAGUUCAGUUCAUGACUACAGGAACUACAGUGGUUUCUUAUAGUAUUCAUUUCAUUAAGAACCAUGGCGGUGUUGAAUUCCCAUUUCCGGAAAUUAAGCUUAGGGAAUUCCAUGAAAAGCGGUAUCACAAUACGCUGUUGUCUGCAGUAAAUCAUCCCCAAAACAAACAAGAUGCCCCUGUAACUGGCAAACCAUCUUGCAACAUCUUGCUGUUCAACACUUUUAGAGAGCUUGAAGGAAAAUACAUUGAUUAUCUGUCGGUUAUAAAUGAGAAGAAGGUUGUCCCUGUUGGUCCCCUUGUUCAAGACAUUGUUGAUGAAAUCGAGCAAUCUGAGAUCAUGCAAUGGCUCUUUCUUAAAUGGUGA